AUGCAAAACAUACAUGAAGAUUCAACCAUACUUAGCUCUGAUGACAUGCUUGAAAGUGUUGUUGGUAUUGAUCCUCUCAAUAGCAUACUACCAACAGAGCCUCCCUUAGAGCCAUACGAAGGAAUGGAGUUUGCAUCAAUUGAAGAGACGAGAAUUUACUACAUAAGGUAUGCUAAGAAUACAAGUUUUAGUUUUCGUAUGGGUCGUGUUAUUAAAUCAAGAACAAAUGGUAUGAUAAUAGGUCGAGAAUUUCUCUGUUCAAAGGAGGGAUUUCAGGCAAAAAAAUAUGUGAAAGAAGAAAGUAAUAGUAUUAUCGUACACGAUGAAACAAGGGUAGGAUGCAAGGCAAUGUUGUAUUUAAAGAAAAAUGGAGAAAUAUGGAUUGUUUUAAGAUUUGCCCUAUCUGUCUUAUGUACUGAAAGUGGUGGUGUUGAUAAUGUUAGAUUUAGUCCACAAGAUGUUAUCAAUUACUUAACUGAAAAGAGACAAAAAAAGUUAGAAAAUGGAGAUGCUCAAAUGAUGUUAUCAUAUUUUAAAAGUUGUCAAUUGAAGAAUCCUGCAUUUUUCUAUGCAUUUCAAAUGGACGCUGAAGGAAGAUUAGCAAAUUGUUUUUGGGUUGAUUCAAGGUCCAAAAUGGCAUAUAAAUACUUUGGUGAUGUUGUUACUUUUGAUCUGACGCAUUUGACAAAUAAAUAUAAAAUGCCUUUUGUUCCAUUCACAGGAGUUAAUCAUCAUCAACAAUCCAUUCUUUUUGGUUGUGCUCUAUUAUGGGAUGAAACUAUAGAGAGUUUUUUUUUGUUGCUAAGUACUUGGUUAGAAGCAAUCAGUGGAAUUUCUUCUAAAACUAUCAUCACCGAUCAAGAUGUUGCUAUUAGUAAUGUAGUUGCAAAGGUAUUUCUAAAGGUUAAUCAUCAUUAUUACAUGUGGCAUAUUGAGAAAAAUGUUCCUGAAUACUUGAAUCGUGUCUAUCAUGAACAUGGUGAAUUUAAAAAUCAAUUUUACAAGUGCAUCCACCAAUCUACCACUGUUGAAGAAUUUGAUUCUGAUUGGGAAGCAAUGAUUGAUAAAUAUGGAUUACAAGAUAAUCAAUGGCUAAACAAGACAUUCUCCAUUCGAGAAAAAUGGAUUCCUGCUUAUGUACGUCACAAUUUUUGUGCAGGAAUGUCUACCACUCAAAGGAGUGAAAGUAUGAAUAAAUAUUUUAAGGAUUUUUUGAAUUCAAGUACUUCAUUAAGCCAAUUUGUGACACAAUAUGAAAAAGCUCUUGAUGCACGUUACAACAAGGAAAGAGAGAAGACUUUCAAAACAAGAAAUUCAAAGUCACUUUUACGAACUUUAUAUCCCAUGGAAGAAGAAACUUCAAAAAUUUAUACAAGAAAAAUGUUUAGAAUAUUUCAAGAUGUUAACAUAGCUUUGCAUGACCCUCCACUUAUAGCAACUAAAGGACGUCCGCAGACUUUGCGAAUGAAAAGUAGUUUGGAGAUGGUCAGAAAAGGUUCCUCUACUUGUAGUUAUUGCAUGAAAAAGGGUCAUACUAAGCCUAAAUGUCCAAAUUUAAAUCAAACAAGGUGA